AUGGUCGAGGGGGGGGUGCAGCAGUUGGAUAAGGUUGGGUUGGAGCACCGACGAUGGGCGUAUCACAAGAUGGCGCUGCCGAGCGAGUAUAGGAUGAAGGCGGCGCUGAGCAUUCGCCUGCUCGACAGGGCCAAGGAUUUGCAGGGCGACUUGAUGGACGCGAGCGACGUGGAGUUUAUAUUGACCAUGGUGGAGGAGCAAGAGGAGGUGUUCAACAAGGUGAACGCGUCGACGGCGUUACAUCGCGUGGCGAGGCUAACGACGCAGAGAUUGCCCGGGCAGUUGAGGCCGACGAUGGAACGCUCGACGCUCUUCGGCGACGAAAGGUUUCAGACGCUCAUGAGCAUGGUCGACCGCAUGGCGGGGGAGAUGUCGAUGCAAGGCGUGUCGAACGUCCUGUGGGCGCUCGCUCGAUUGGAUUAUCCCACCGAUGAAGCGUUGCUCGAAGCGCUCGCCGCGCGCGCGGGCUCGCAAGCCGCGAGCGCGGAGCCGAAGAAUUUGAGCACCACGCUUUGGGCGCUCGCCGUGCUCGGGCACAAGCCGAGAAGCAAGCUGUUGAAAUCAAUCUCUGAGCGCGCGCUCGCCGUCGCACACGAUUUUCGGUCGCCGGACGUGGUGAACAUGCUGUGGGCUUACGCGCGGUGGGUGCGAUACCUUCCGCCCAGCGAUCGCCCGACGCCCGUGGUGCAGGCGAUGCUGGACCAGGCGGUGAGCACGAUGCAGAGCUACACGCCGUAUCAACUCGCCAACUUAUCCUGGUCGCUGGCAAUGCUGGACUGCCCGCCCGCACCGAGAGUUCUGGAGUACGUCUUGCAGACCGUGGCAUCGGAGCCGAGUAAACUCGAUGGCACCGCGCUGACGCACGUCUUGUGGGCGUACGGCGUCAUGGGUUCGCCGCACAACGGCGCCUCGAGCGAUUUCAGCAAGCUUCUUCGCGAGUCUGGACGUCGCGCGGGCGCGAGUCAGGUCGGACGAACCGGUGCUGCGGGCGUUCUUUGGGCGUGUGGGCGACUCGGGGUCGAGCCAGACGCCAAAGAUACCGCGUUCCUCGUCGAUCGCAUUUACUCGCAAAAGGGCUCGCAGAAAACUGUCGAUCCGCAGGCGCUCGUGCACUCGGUGUGGGGCGUCUCUACUUUUGAGAACUAUUCAUUCGAUGAAAAAACCAAGAAGGAGGUGAUUCGUAAUCUGAGCGAGCUCGUUCGGUACACGCGAACGCGCUUCGAGAUUCGGCCGAGGACGCAGGAAUCAGUCUAG